AUGCAUUUCUCAACCAUCAUCACCAGCGCCGUCGCAGUUUUUGCCUCGACUGCCGCAGCCCAGCCCACCGCUCGCCAGGCUCCCACUGCCUACGCCAACAUCAUGAUCCACAACUUGGACGACCAUAGCCAGCAGCCUGUCCGAAUCCCCCUCGCGCAACUCACCACUCUCAACUACCACGUCACAGAACUUGACUUGAUCAGCCUCAGCGUUCAUGUUCCCGACAUCCCAUCGCCUGAUAUCAAGGACAUUGUCUGCCAGCGAUACAACGACAAGUAUGGCAUUCAGUUCGGCAGUACUGAAUUCUCCGUGGGCAACCCUGCGCGUAUCAGCACCAACCCAGUUGACUUUGGAUGGGUUCUGUGCUACCACAGGAAGAAUGAUUAG